CAAACUGAUGGGUGAAAAGUUCCGGGUUAGGUCAUGGUUGUCCCCUUUACUCGAGGGUUAGCCUCUGGUUGUCCUCACUCACCGGCUGCUGGGUCUGCGCAUGCGCAUUGUGCCCACAACACCACCACCACCAUCGGCAGCGGCAGCAGCAGCAGCUAUGACCCAGGCGGAGAAGGGGGAGCUGGAGAAUGGGAAGGAGCGAGAGAGGGAGCAGCGCGGGGUGAAGAGACCCAUAGUACCCGCUGCUAUACCGGAACCUUUCCAGGAUCAGAUACAGAGCGAUUUCAUUGUGGUGAUACACCCUGGAUCCAGCACCCUGCGCAUCGGAAGAGCUACAGAUUCUCACCCGGCAGCAAUUCCCCAUGUCAUUGCCCGUCGCCAUAAACAACCAGGACAACCCACCUACAGUGACCAGUGGCUCGUGAGAGAUGGUUUGAAUAAACAAGAAGGCAACGAGCAAAGACAAAAUGGCCUUAAAAUGGUGGAUCAGGCCAUCUGGUCCAAGAAGAUGUCCAAUGGGACAAGACGGAUACCUGUCCUCCCUGAGCAGGCCAGAGCUUACAAUAGACAGAUACGACCCGCUAUAUUGGAUCACAGUUCAGGUGUAAAAUGGACUAACACUUCACAUAGACCAGAAUAUCUUGUUGGAGAAGAGGCACUCUAUGUGAAACCUGCAGACUGCUAUAAUAUUCAUUAUCCCAUCCGAAAAGGCCAGCUUAAUAUCCACUCUGGACCUGGGGUCUCUCUCUCUGCAGUAAUUACUGAUCUGGAAACCAUCUGGUCACACGUGAUCCAGAAACUAUUAGAAAUCCAAUUGAAAGAUCUGAAGUAUUACAGGUGCAUAUUACUGAUCCCGGAUAUAUAUAACCGGCAACAUGUGAAAGAAAUGGUGACUAUGGUUGUAAUGAAGCUGGGAUUUUCAGGUAUUAUAGUCCAUCAGGAGUCUGUUUGUGCAGCAUUUGGAAGUGGCCUGAGCAGUGCUUGUGUUGUUGAUAUUGGGGAUCAGAAGACCAGUGUGUGCUGUGUGGAGGACGGAAUAUCCCAUCGGAAUACCAGGCUGUGUUUGGCUUAUGGUGGCUCUGAUGUCACACGGUGUCUAUUCUGGCUGAUGCAAAGAGCUGGGUUUCCCUACAGAGAAUGCCAGAUCUCCAACAAACUGGAUUGCCUCCUCCUCCAACAUCUGAAGGAGACCUUUGCACACCUCGAUCAGGAUGUUUGUGGCCUUCAGGAUCAUGAAUUUCAGGUUCGCCAUCCAGAUGCCCCGGCCUUACUCUACCAGCUCCGACUGGGAGAUGAAAAGCUUCAGGCCCCAAUGGCACUGUUUUAUCCGGCUACAUUUGGGAUCACUGGACAGAAAAUGACCUGUUUGCAACAAAGAUCCCAAGGAGAUGCAGAGGAUCCACAUGAUGAGCAUUACCUGCUGGCAACACAAAGCAAACAGGACCAGUCUGCCAAAGCUGCAGCUGAUCGGAAAGCAGGACCAAAGUCCAGUUUGUUUGAUGAUUCAAGAAGUCUGGACCCAUCAGACAGAAGUCACAUGCAAGAAGCUGAACUUGGAACAGCUCAGAAUGAUAGUUUGGCAUCUGCCAACGAUGCAGAGGAGUCAUCCUCUGCAUUUUACAAUCGUAAAACCGCAAUCUCUCAGUUUGAAGGGAAAGCACUAGGUCUGGAUAAAGCAAUUCUGCAUAGUAUUGACUGCUGCGCAUCGGAUGACACCAAAAAGAAAAUGUAUAGCUCCAUCCUUGUGGUUGGAGGAGGUCUAAUGUUCCACAAAGCUCAACAGUUUCUGCAGCAUCGAAUACUGAACAAAAUGCCUCCAUCAUUUAGGAGAGUUGUGGAAAAUGUUGAGGUUAUCACUAGGCCAAAGGAUACAGACCCCAGGUUACUUGCAUGGAAAGGAGGAGCCGUUCUCUCAUGCCUUGACACCACACAGGAGUUGUGGAUCUACCAACAAGAAUGGCAGAGAUUUGGAGUUCGCAUGCUACGUGAAAGGGCAGCUUUUGUGUGGUGAAGACAUUUAAUUGGUCUCAAUUGUCUUAAUGGUGCUCCAGAAUGGCUUGUUGCAUAGAACCCUACAUGUAACCUGUUUCUGGAUACAGGGUCAGGUUAACUGCUAUUUUUAUGGCUGAAAGGGACACUCCACUGCCCAAAUACAAAACAAGCAAAUAAAAAAAACACUGUUUGGUAGAUAUACCCAUUGAAACAUUGCAUGCAUUUAAUUAUGCAUUUUUGUUCAUUAAGCUAUAUCCAUUUUGGUUUUCCUGUUGAUCCAAAAGAAAGCAAAUAACCCAGGCUGAAGGGCUUCCAAUUUUGCAACAAACUAGGAAAAAAAUCCCCAGCAUGGCAGUCAGAUCUCUCCAUGGAUCAAAAAGCUAAUAUUCUACAAAGCUCAACAGUUUCUGAAGUUCUGCCUUUGCAAUCCCUGCCCUUCUUCCCCUGUCCAUUCACAGACUUCUUAAUGCAGCUCAAUGAGAAGUCUUUGCAAGGCAGAUGCUCUGGGCAAUUGCUCUCUCUAGAGUAGCUCCACUGAGCUAACCAAACCAGGAAGUGACAGGACCUGUUGUUUGCUUGAAAGCCAAGGGGCUGUAACCAGGUUUAUUUAUAAAAGAAAAUGAACAAAUAGGCUUUGUAGCGCUAGUAUGGAUAGGGAUAGGCAGCUGGAACUACCCAAGCCAGAUUCUCUUCUUUCUGGUAGUAGAUCCCUGAGAACAACUAAAAGGUGUUGCUACCCUCCCACAAACGUAUAAUUUAUAAAAGUGUAAAUUUCUACUGAAAUGUGCACUUUUUGCAAAAUGAAAAAAAUAGGACACACUUCACACAUGAAGCUUUCCAGCAAGGUAAGGAGCUUUUGAAGCCUGGAGUGUCUCUUUAAUUAAGGCACAGACUUAAAUUAUCACUUUUAUUAGCAAGGAAAAACAUUCUCAGGUCUAUACAAAAAUCUAUUAUGGGCAUUUUAUAUUGUUAGAAAGCGCUCUAUCUCUCUGUAAGUACCAAGCCAACCAUUUGAUUGCUAUAUUGGAUUUGUUCAUUUUUGAGGCUGGACCAGCUUUGUCAUUAUUCUAUUUCCUGCAAACGACACCGUUUGAUAUGGUGUUAAAACUAUAUAAUAGCUGAGAUUAAUCCGGAUCUUCAGUCACGUUAUAAGAUAUGCUGUAACAAAUGCAUUCAUUACAUCUUAGAUCUAUUUUCCUAAAGUGGUAAAUGAAAAGCAAAUCGGGCAAAUAAAUAUUAAGCAUUUUUAACCGUACCCCAAAUACAGUAUGGUAUAAAAUAUAUGUAUGGUUUUAAAUAACAUUUUCUGCUCUGGCCCCCAAUUGCCGACAACGUGAUGUACAUCAACAAAUAGACAGUAUACAAUUAUCUGCUUGGACACCUACUGUUUGGAGUUUCAGCCUAUUCCCCAGGCCUGUUACCAUGUGGUAAUAGAAUGAUAUAAGGAUAAACAUAAAUGUUUAGUUCUACUGCAAAUCAGAAUUCUCUAUUAACCAAAGUUGGACAAGCAAGUUACUAAUCCUUAGUGGAUUAUUGUGAUAUUAUUGAAUAAUGUUCUAGGUUACUCAGUUACUAAUAUGUAUAUAUGUGUAAUAUGCAAUUUUUAUACAGAUUGUAUUUAUUGUCUCCAUGACAGAUUGAUUUAUGGACCAGAAAUAAACAUUUUUGUUUUCUGUU